AUGCGGGUGCACUGGGGGCCAAAGGGAAGGAAUGCAUUUCACACUGUUGGGGGUUGGUGCUCCUCAAGCAGGAUCGCUGAAAAAGCCGGCUGGCGCAUGUGCACGGGUGGGAGGAGCCCAACAGGAAACGAUGAGGUCAUAGUAAAAGUAGGAGAGGAGGAAGGCGUGGAGAGGGGCGGGGGCGAGCGAGCCGGCGGUGGAGGGGAGACAGAGGCUGCUGUAGGAUGCACUAGGCAGACGCCGGCUCUCGCUGACAUGGUGGGAGACCUGUUCUUCUGGAGCUUCUGCUGUCUCAGGCUGUGGAAACGAGAGAAGAAGGUCGCAGGAGAGCAGAAAUAUCACCCAGAAUGCUUCACCUGUCUGAACUGCAGGUCGUUCAUUGGAGAUGGAGACACGUACGCUUUGGUUGAGAGAUCCAAGCUUUACUGUGGUCAUUGCUACUAUCAGACUGUGGUCACGCCCGUGUCACUCCCUGACUCUCCGUGCUCGCGGAUCCCACACACGGUCACUCUAGUGUCCAUCCCGGCCUCAGCUGAAGCCAACAAUGGAAGAAGGGGCCGUGGAUUCUCAGUAGGCAUUGACCAGCCUCUGAGUCCCCCAAGUGCGUUCAGCCCUGAGCCCGGACAUACUCUCAGAGUCACAGAAGUGGAUAAAGAAUGCAUUAGUCCUGAUGUGAAAAAUUCUAUCCAUGUGGGUGAUCGGAUCCUGGAGAUCAAUGGGACGCCCAUUCACAAUGUCCCAUUGGAUGCGAUUGACUUGCUGAUUCAAGAGACCAGUCAGCUGCUUCAGCUCACCAUUGAACAUGACCCUCACAGCCAUGGACAUAAUGGCUCUACAGAUGCAGAGGAGCAGGUGGACGGACCACUGCGAAGUCCAGGCCCCAUCACACAGCCCCCAAAUGCAGACGUCAACAACUUUCGCUCACGUAUUGUCACGAGAAGCUAUAGCAUCGACAAAUCACCAAGCCCCAGCAACGCAGCUUCUCCUAUGUCCCAGAGGAAGGACAUGAACCGCUCGGAGUCUCUCAGAGUGGUUUCCAAUCGAACACAUCGCAUCUUCCGCCCGUCUGACCUCAUUCAUGGAGAAGUCCUUGGUAAAGGGUGCUUUGGACAAGCUAUAAAGGUCACCCAUAGAGAAACAGGGGAGGUGAUGGUCAUGAAGGAGUUGAUCCGCUUUGAUGACGAAACCCAGCUAACAUUCCUUAAAGAGGUGAAGGUGAUGAGAUGUCUUGAUCACCCAAAUGUUUUGAAGUUUAUUGGAGUUCUCUACAAAGACAAAAGACUCAACUUUAUCUCUGAAUACAUAAAGGGAGGCACUCUACGGGACAUUAUAAAGAAAAUGGACAGCCAACACCCCUGGAACCAGCGAGUGAGUUUUGCCAAGGACAUCGCUGCAGGCAUGUCCUACCUGCAUUCCAUGAACAUAAUCCAUCGGGACCUCAACUCGCACAACUGUCUCGUCCGAGAGGAUAACACAGUUGUUGUCGCUGACUUUGGCCUUGCACGGCUCAUGGUGGAUGACAAGCAUGAAGACCGCCUGUCAAAGGGUAAACUGCCGGGACUGAAGCGGCCAGAUCGCAGGAAGAGAUACACAGUAGUGGGGAAUCCUUAUUGGAUGGCCCCUGAAAUGAUUCAUGGAAAGAGUUAUGAUGAAAGAGUUGACAUAUUUUCUUUUGGAAUCAUGCUGUGUGAGAUUAUCGGGAGAGUCAACGCUGACCCAGACUAUUUACCAAGGGCAGUGGAUUUUGGUCUGAACAUCUCUGGCUUCCUUGAACAUUACUGGCCCAAAGAUUGUCCCCAAGCGUUCUUUCCAAUGGCUGCUCUAUGCUGUGAUCUCGACGCAGACAAACGGCCUGCUUUUACAAAACUGGAAGAAUGGUUGGAGAACUUAAAGAUGCAUUUGGACAUGGGCUUGCCUCUGAUCUCUGAACUGGAGCAGCUGCACAAGGCCUUCUGGGAAAGCCACAGUGUCACACGCUCUGAGAACGGCCUGUACAGCCCUGAAGAGCCGGAGUAG